CAACUGUAUUCUGUUCUCCAAAACUCCCCUUUUGGCCUUUUCUGUUCCCGGUGCUCUUGCUUCCCUCUGUUUCCUUCUGAAUGCUAUUUCAAUUGAAACCUAAUCUGCCACUUUCUCAUUCUCCUUGCACUCUCCUUUAUUCCUUCACUUCCCCUCUCUCUGAUUCUCGCGGCAAAAUCAACUGAUAAUGCAUCUUGCGCAAAGACUCGCCAAAUCGACAAGCUAGGGUUUCCUCCAGAAAAUUCGGUUCUCGCCGGGGUUUUGCGGAGGAGACGCAGUCGCCGGCAGCAAUGGCCACCAGCUUGCAGAUGAGCCCUCAGGUGGAGCAGAUCCUCGGCGAAAUCCGCGAUAACUUUCGAUUCCUGGCAAAUGGCUUCCAAAGGCUUGAUAAGAUUAAAGAUUCCAAUAGACAAAGCAAACAGCUGGAAGAACUCAAGGAUAAGAUGGUGGAGUGUAAAAGGUUGAUAAAGGAGUUUGAUCGAGAAAUUAAAGAUGAAGAGGGAAAAAAUCCCCCAGAAGUGAACAAGCAACUUAAUGAUGAAAAGCAAUCAAUGAUCGAGUGUGCAGGCAGCAAGGCGAGGCAAGGUGCGGCGAGAUAAGGCGAGGCGCGCCGAGUGGCGGACAGGGCUUCGACAGAUCAAUCAGUGCAGAUCCUCAGCGACCGACGGAAGCUAUGGAUGAAGACGACGGAUCGAUAGCUAUGGAUGAAGAUGAUGGACCGACGGAGGAGAACGCACCACACACGAUUUUCAGGGAGCAAAUUGGGGGCGGGCUGGGAUUUUUUUUUCCUUUGGGACAAAAUGGCAAGGGGGUUUUGGGUAUUUUGAAAAAAUAGAGAUAUCUCCAGUUAGUUACCUAAUGUAAACAGAAGAAAACAUAGAAUAUUCUGUUAUCUUAGACGGUAUUCUCACGGCAGGGACUUAAUUGAAAAAAAAAUUAACGUAUAGGGACCUAAUUGAAAAUUCGGUAAAACUAUAGGGACCUGCAGAGUAAUUAAACCAAUUUUUUACUUUUAAAUUUUUAA